AUGGCGUGGGAGCGCGACAUUCAGAUCGAAAGCGACGCAUGGCGGGGGAGGCCCCUGACGACGACAGGAGGGAGGGUAUGGGAUGCUGCUCACCGCAUGGCAGACUUCCUCGAGGCCAUGCAGGAAGAGCUCGGCCUCUCUCGCCCUGGCAUGCAGAUCCUGGAGCUCGGCGCAGGAUGCGGCUGGCUGGGAAUGACAAUAGCACGAUCUCACCCGGGAGCGCGGGUGUGUCUGACCGAGAUGGAGCACGGAGGAGCUCUCGAGCAUCUCCAACACAACGUCCAGCUGAACCAGAAGGACGGAAAGCUGGGAAAUGUCGAGACCUGCGCAUGCGAUUGGUCGCAUUGGGUAGUGAGCGGGGAAGGGGAGGACGAGAAAGGGAAGCGAUCGGAGAUGGCACCACUGCUCGAGACGCGAUGGGAUCUGAUCAUAGGCAGCGACCUCGUCUACAACGAGAUCGGCGUACAAUGGUUGCCAAAGGUUCUCAAGGGUCUGCUAGGAAAGGGAACUAUCGCCUUGUACUCUCAUACGAAGCAUCGGCUGGACAUGGCGGAUCAAGAAUUUUUCGCGGAGCUAACAGCCAACGAGCUGAUAUUCACUGAGGUGCAUGAGCCAGGAGUCCCCUCCCCUCCUCCUUCCCCUCCCUUCUUCGAGUCGCUCUUCCCGGACAUGCGCAUCGCUAUCCUGAGGAUCGAGCGCUGCCAGGAUGACGUCAAACUCCCCAAGUUUGAGAUGCCAAAGUUAGCAGGAGCCGCCUAG